CUUCGAAUUUCACCCAGUACCCCUUGACUUAGCCUUAACUCUGGUGUGAAAUUUCCAAAUUGAUUUCGGGAUAUGCAUGGUAUUCGUGUCGUUAGUCGAUGGUGGAGUUAGUCAACGAUAUGUUGGCCAAUCUGAUAGCCGCAUGCCUGCUGGCUCAGCUGCUUCUUGUGCCCGUAGAGGCUUCUACUUCUACUUCAGUGAACUGCUCCAAUCCCUUGACCCAUGUGACCGCCUGCGGACGCUUCAGUGCCAACGGAUGCUGCGCAAAGGGAUGCAUCCGGAAUGCGAGAGGCAGGUGUGCCCCGGAACAGUGCACCGACAGUUGGAGCCCCUGGCUAACGCGACCCGUGACCAUGAGCUGCUACUUUCACUGGUUCCUGGUGAUCUUUGCCGGGAUCAUUACCUUGGUGAUGACAUUCCUGGUGUUGUGCAACGUGGGCUUUGAGGUGAGGCGUUACCUGCGGCAUCGGAGGCACCAGCGUUUCAGACCCUUCCGGGACCUAAGCGGCAUCUCCAUAGGAUCCACUCAGUGCUAGGACACGUGUGGGCUUCCGAUGCGAGAGAUGGGAGCUGGAAGAUGGGAAGUGCCUGAGGGAUUUGCCAUAAUCUGCAAUACAUUAGCGGCAGCUUUGCUCUGGCUUCCAAUUCAAUUCUUUGGGUAUCUCGGGCCAAAGCCAUGUAAAUUACGAUUCGCCACCUCGGAAAUCCUAUUAGUAGUUAAAACCUGAUUAGGAAAUACUUGCGGCUGGUUUGGGUACGGAUUGGGCUCAUGGCGGCGGGCUCUCUCGAGCAAAUAAUAAUAAAUGGCUCACAUGCGAAAUGCUUUGUGGAUAUGUCCCCUCCGGGGUGACAACUCCAGUCGAAGGUGGCGCUCCCGUCCGGAGCGAGUCAAAGGUGCAAUAACCCAAGCGAACGGGGCACAUAAAACUAAAUGGCUGCGGGUCCCCAGCCAAACCCCUCCAUCCUCUCAAGAGCGAGCCAACCUCAGUGGCCAUUGCGGUGCAGAUAACACACGUUGGAAUACAGUCGGCGGCACACGGAUAGUUCAUGCGGUGUGGAUUUAUUUAAAGGAAAUCUAUUUUUAACUGAUUGAUAAAAUCAUAAAAUUAAAAAUUGUGUUUAACUUUCA